CUCACCAGAACAAAAUAGAGUCGGCGGCAUGUUUUCCAGUCUGAAGGAGAGAGUUGGGGAGGUUCUGGUUCCUGGAGAUAAGUUCAGCUUCGAGGCCGAGGACAGCAUCUCUCUGACGGAGAGCGUGAAGCCGGAGAGGGUGGUGUGCGGCCCGGGGCUGCGGCGGAGCGGAGACCGGCUGGUGGUGAGCAAGAGCGGCGUGCUGAGGCACAAACCCCCGCACACGUUCUGGGUCGAGUCCCAGCAGAGGAGGUAUGUCCCAGCUAAAGGAGAGACGGUCAUUGGUAUUGUGACAGCUAAAGCUGGAGAUGUCUUUAAGGUGGACGUUGGUGGCAACGAGCAGGCGUCUCUGUCCUACCUGGCAUUUGAAGGUGCCACCAAGAGGAACCGGCCCAACGUCCAGGUAGGAGAUCUGGUGUUUGCUCAGUUCAUCAUCGCCAACAAAGACAUGGAGCCGGAACUGGUGUGUGUGGACAGUUCGGGUCGGGCCAACGGGAUGGGUGCGUUUGGAGCAGGAGGUCUUCUCUUCAAGGUGUCUCUGGGCCUCGUCAGAAGACUACUGGUGCCCCACAGUGACAUCCGGACCGACUUGGACCAGCUCUUCCCCUGUGAGCUGGUUGUGGGAAUGAACGGCCGGGUUUGGGCCCGGUCGCCCAGCACCCAGCAGACUUUGAUUGUUGCCAACCUGCUGCAGAGCUGCGACACCAUGACGGCGAAGCAGAGGCAGCAGCUGUUCAGGAAGGUGCAGCAGGGAGCACUGUAGGCCCCGCCCUGACUCACCUGGACCCAGGUGUAACACGGAGCACCCUGUGCUGAUUAACAGCUGAUCAGUGACGUUGAGACUGAACUUUCUGUUAAUCGUUCUGAUCAGUUCAUCAAGCAGGUCAGAUAAAGGGCUGUGAUUGGCUGGGGCCUGAAGAGAAACAGCCAAUCACAUCUCAUUCAUUCUCAGACACCUAAUGAUCAAUGCAACAGUUCAGUAUUGAUCAGUAGUUUUUCUUUUGAUUGAUUAAACAGUGAAGGUACUGAUCAAAAGACGAGUCACACAACAGAACUGCAGCAGACCGACUCGUGUAUCAUUCUGGAUCUGUCGCACAGACUGCUUGAAUCAAACAGCUGCAGCUAUUAAAAUAAAAAAACUGCAUACAUAUAUUUAAACAAAACAAAAAAACUUGUUUGAAACU